CAGUUUGAAAUUUAAACCGUUUCAGUGUGACAGUGCGGAGACUGAACUUCGACAUCUUCGGUCGGAUAGUGUCCUUUCCGAGACGUUAACGUUCUUGUAUGGCUCUUGUAUAAGAUAGCGUUGGGUUUUUCGGUUCAGGGAGGAGCCAGCGUUGGAUUCCGGGGACAUUUGUUCGUAUUAUAAAAGAGAGAGAACCUGCAAGCUGCUGCCAUGAGUGUUGUACAGUCAUCUGUGCAUUCUUUCUUGAGGAUGUUUGAGGACAAAACACAAGAUUUCAUCCAUGACAUUGAGAAUGUCCACAUGGUUUGGCUUGAGGAGAUCCAACAAGCGGCUAACAUCAUGUUCUCAAGGGAUUUUAAUUCUGAACCAGAGUUAAUGCCCAAAACACCAUCACAAAAGAAGAAUACUCGCAGGAAGCGUGUGUCUGUUGGCCGGCAGGAAGAAGGUCAAGUCAGGCGAAGGUUCUCCAAGGGCAGGCGUAGUAAUCUUCGCGGGUCCUCUGUCACACCAUUGGACAUCGUUGUUGAAGAAGCUAAUGCUUCUGCAGCCAAAAGAAGCACCAGCACACGGCCAAAUCGUACUACUCGCACAAAAAAACAAACCAAGGUGGAGAUUGCAGAGGAUGAGCAACUGCUGCCUCAUGUAAGCUAUGACAGCAUAGAUGAAUGUAAUAAAAAGGCAGAGCUAGUUGAGGAUGAGGCCGUGCAUAAUAAUUGCGAGGUGGACAGCACAAACAUCCAGCCGGAUGUGCCAUGUGACGCAAGACAGUCUGAAAUUAAGAUACCGUCACCUGGUGUUGUCGUCAGCAUCCCUGCAUCGGAACGUUUAUCAGCUGAGCAAGCAACCAAACCCCAGCUCACGCAGUCUCCUGGACGCACCGCUGCUAAAAUUGCGAUAGCUGGCAACAGCAGAAGCUCGCGGCGGAGCUCUGUGAAAUGUUCUCUCAAGGUGCGUCACUCCCUGAGCAGUUUGCGUCACAGUAUGACGCGGGAGUCUCUGCGCCGUGCCUCGCGGAAAUCGAUGCUGAAGAAGAAUGCGACUCGCAAAGACAACUCAUCAUAUAGCAGCAACAUUGACGCUGCUUCUUCCUGUGAGUCCAUGGAAGAGAUGGAUGAAGUCGCAUCAGAAGCGGUAACUGCAAAUCCAGAAGUUGCUGUGACUGGUGGUUCAGAUGAUUCUCCUCAGACACAGACUGCCAAGAGUGGGCAGCCAUCCUUGGCACGUGUCACUCGUUCUGUGGCAGCAAACUCCCCUAAACUGGCCCCACCUUCACUGUUUACCCCUGAGAGGAACUAUCUGCAAAAGAGAACAAUGUUCACUGAUACACAACAGACUCUGCAGGCUAGUCAGAGGUCAACUAAGAACAUCAAGCGACAAGCAGCUGAAACUACGGCGGAAAGCCCUGUUAAGAGGUGCACUCCUCCCAAGAGGAGUCGGAGUGCAGUGAGACCAAAUAUGAAAUCAUUUCUUCACACUGUGCAGAAGAAUCAAAUGCUGAUGAUGAGUCAAAGUUCUUUCAACCGUAAUUCUGUAAUGAAGUCCUUCAUUAAAACUACCACUCCUCUGAAGAUUGAUCCUAAGAUGAACAUGAAUAUAGUGGCUAAAGAGCUCCAAAAACUUGAAGCACUUAAAAAGAAGCAGGAACAGGAAGAGGAGCGAAUGAGGAAGAUGGAGGAGGAGAAGAAAAAGAAACAAGAGGAAUUGAAAAGGAAGAGGGACGAGAGGCUAAGAAAGGUGUACGAGGCCAAAGUGAAAGAAGAGCAGAGGGAAGAAGAAAAGAAGAAGAAGAUUGAGCAAAAAAUGGCUCACAUUGAUGAAAAAAAUGAUAAGCGUCAGGCGGCAGAGAUGGCUAAAAAACGAAUUGCCAUUAAACGUCAGGAAGAUCUUGAACAGAAACGAAAGCUGGAGGAAGAAACUAAAAGGAAGAAGAAUCAACAAGCAGAAAGGUGUCCUGUUUGUUGCCGAAUUCGCCCAUGCGCCUGUGUUUUUCAACCUAAGGAGGAGGAGAAGCGUCAACAAGAGUUUCUGGCUAGGAAGGCCACGGAGGAAGAAUUAAAAGCUAAGAAGCUGGCAGAAGCUCGCAGAGCCUUGGAGCUCAAGAGGGAGCAGGAGCGUGAGAGAGAGCUGGAGAGAGAACGCGUAGCUGCUGCUGAAAGCGAGCGAGUUGAAAAAGAGAAGGCUCUCGCUCUGCAACGGGAACUGGCGAGAGCAGCUAGAGAGAAGGAGAGACUGGAUUUGGAGGAGAAAAGACAAAAGGAGGAGCAGCAGAGGUUAGCUGCAGAGGAGAAGGCUGCUAAAGACAAAGAGGCUGCUGCUAAACAAGUUGCCAAUGCAAAGACUGCUGCUGCCCUCAAUGUGACUGUGGAAAUUGAGCGAUCUGUGAUGAGCACACCUGCAGCAAAAGGCAGCAGCCUCAACAUCACUGUGGAUAUUGAGAAAUCACCACAGUCAUACUCUAUCACUCCUAAUGGUGGCAGCAAAACUUUAACUCUGACCAACAAUCUAGAGAACUACGGAAUGGACCAAAACAGUGAUGAUUCUACAGAUGACGAGUCUGAUCCGAGAAAGCCCAUUCCAUCUUGGGCUGAAGGCCCCAAGCUACAGCAGAUCAUUAUGAAGCAGUACUUCAAUCCUCCUGACUUGGACUCUUUCUUUGGACCAAUCGAGCCACCAAAACUGGAGAACCUGUUUUACAAGAGCAAACCACGCUACUUUAAACGCACCAGCUCUGCUGUUUGGCACUCCCCCCCUAAUGUAAAUAAACACUGAUGUAGUAAAACUGUACACAGUUUUUUCUAUUUGAAAUUCUUUCCAAUAAAAGUUUUUCUGUUUUUAUAAUAAUACAUUUGUGUUGAAUGUUGCAGAAUGUAUUAAAAAAAUUUCAACUAUUGACACUUA